AAUGCCAGAGUCGGGCGUUGUCCCCCGAGUGCCAGAGACUGGUGGGGGUGGGGGGAAGGGGAGAGAAAGGAGACUGACGAGGUGCGCGCAUGCGCACGACGCUACCACGCGGGACGUAAUCUCCCUCUGGCCUGGACCCGCAGAAUGGAAGAGCUCGAGAGCGGAGAGGGAGGGUUGGCAGGGCCAGAGGUAGCCAUGGCUGCCGAACCCGCGGCGCCCUCCCUUGUGGAUCGAUACUUUACUCGCUGGUAUAAAGCGGAUGUUAAAGGAAAACCCUGUGAGGACCACUGUAUACUACAGCACUCCAACCGAAUAUGUGUCAUCACACUGGCAGGCUCUCAUCCCGUUCUUCAAAGUGGCAAAACCAUUAAAAGUAUCUCCUAUCAGAUCAGUACCAACUGUAGCAGACUGCAGAACAAAGUGUCUGGGAAAUUUAAGCGGGGGGCACAGUUUCUAACAGAACUCGCACCUCUGUGUAAGAUAUACUGUUCUGAUGGAGAAGAAUAUACCAUAUCUAGCUGUGUUAGAGGUCGGCUGAUGGAGGUGAAUGAAAAUAUUCUUCAUAAGCCGUCUCUUCUCCAAGAAAAGCCAUCCACGGAAGGCUACAUUGCAGUUGUGUUACCGAAAUUUGAAGAAAGUAAGAGCAUAACAGAAGGGCUACUGACACAGCAGCAGUACGCAGAGGUCGUGAGAAAGCGGAAUAAUGCCACCGCCACGCUGUGAGCCUAGAGGUGGAGAGACAGCAUAGGAUGCUCACCCUCCCUGGACCCAACCAUCAGUGCCCUGGAGAGAGCCAGUGCAUGAGAAGCAUUCCUCACACCCGGCUGCGGGAGCAGCCCAAUCCUGCUCUUACCUAACUCCCCUCCUUUGUCUGACUAUCCCAAGCCUUGGUCCCUGUUUGUAGUCCAGCUCUACAUCUGCCUGGCUCAGGUACUUGCUUUGUGUAGGGGCAAGUACAAUUGUGGGCUUUCGCUUGCAUAUGCAUGUCAGAAAACAACUUUGGAUACUUUUUUACCUUUUGUUAGACAGUCUCUCUUUGACUUGGAACUUUGCCAGAUAGCUCAUGUACUUCCAGGGAGACACCCAUCACCUCUGCUUUCUGUCUUGGAAGGUGCACACACCAUGGCCAAGUUUUAUAUGGGCCAGAAAACCCAAACUCAGGUCUUCAUGUGUUCAUGAUACAUUACUUUUCAGUUGCUGUGAUAAAAUACUGUAACCAAAAGCAAAGUCACAAGAGUAUUUGGGCUUGUAGUUCCAGAGGACUUGAUGUCCAUCCUAGUGAGGAGGCACAGUAGCAAGAACAAGCAGAGAGUGAACUGGAAGCAGGGUGAGGUUAUUAACUGUCCCUGGUGAUGUAAUUCCCCCAGCUAGGUUUCCUGUCCUAAAGUUCUACCAACUGAAGACCAACUGUUCAAAUACAUGUCCAUGGGUGUUAUUUUUUUUCUUAUUAACCUACAACAUUGUUCCCAUGAUUUUUAUAGGCCCAUAGUCAUAUCAUACAAAAUGCAGCUAAUCUAAUAUCAAAAGUUCCCAUAGUCAUUACAAUUCGGAAGUUCAAAGUCCCUUCUAGGACUCAGUGCAAUCUCUCACGUCCCCUGUAAAUCAAAAAACCAGUUACAUGCUUCCACCAUACAAGGGCACAGAAUAUCCAUUCCCAUUCCAAAAAGGACUGGUGGGCAUAGUGAGGAAAUACUGAACCAAAGCAUGACCAAAACCAGCGUGAUACACACCAAAUCCUGCAGCUCCGUGUCCACUAAGUGUUUAGUUUCAAAGGCUUUGGUUGGCUGCCCCUCCAGCAUUGCUGCCUGCAACACAGAUGUGAUUCUGCUGUGUGCAACCUCCUUGGCGUAUGGCUCGGAGCUUGGUUUCCCCACCACAGCAUCAGACAGUGGCCUCUUCAUGGCCCUCUUGCAGAAACUCCAUCUCUACCACAUGUUGCUUGGCUUGCUGAAGCCAAGAAGGGAGGAAGACUCCAGAUACCUUACAUUCUUUCAUGCCUCCAAAACUAGUACCAUGUGGAAAAUACCUCAAAACUAGACGGCCAGCUUUCAUUCCCUUUGUCCACAGCAGCUCUUCUUGCUUUCUAGGAAAAAAUUGGAGGUUUAUCUGGGUGAAGUCUUGCCUUGGCCAACUGUCCUAUUGUUCCAGUUUAAAGCCGACCUUUUCUUUAAUGUAUUUUUUUUUUAGGUAUGAGUGCUCUCUGGAUGUGUGCCUAAGAGGGCAUCAUAUCCCAUUAUAGAUGGUUGAAAGCCACCAUGUGGUUGUCAGGAAUUGAACUCAGGACCUUUGGCAGAGCAGCCCAUGCUCUUAACCAUUGGACCAUCUCUCCAGCCCUAGAACAGACUUCUUGAUAACACUAAUCUCUAGUAAUGACAGCCUUUUCCAGAACAUGACUUCCUUGUGCUUUUUCUCCAAGCUGUACAUUUUGUAUUUCUGCCAGACAUGCUGGUUUUCCUUGGCCAGAGUUACACUAUCUAGAAAUAUCUAAAGCCAGAAAAAGUAGUCCAUUACUUUGUAGUUCAGCUUCUUGUCUGUUCUCAGGACUUGGGUAGAAAGUAGCCAGAUUCUUUGUAGAAGGGUCACAUAAAUGGCCUCAAGCCAAUUUGCUAAUGGAGACAUUGUUUUUCUCUGAAGCAUAGAAGCCAGGCCUCUCCUGUCUACAUUAUCUGCAGCACUAGUUUCCUAGGUUCCAAACAGGAAGUCCUGUUUCACAGUGCUCUCAGCCUUCAACCACUUUUCUGGAACCAAAGUUCAGUCUUCCAAAUUCUUCCAAGAAACUGUCACAUUGUUUCCACAGCAACCUCAGUUCUGAGUACCAACGUCUAUAUUAGUUACCUAUCUGUUGCUGUGUUAAAACACCAUGUGACCAAAACAACUUAAGAGGGUUUUGUUGGGCUUGUAGUUCCAGGGGGCUAGGUGCCAUGGCAGCUAGUGCAGGCUGAGAUCAGACCACCACUCCCUGGAGGCACACAGUGAAGGGGAAGUGGAUCGAGGCUAGACACUCAAAUCUGCCCCCAGUGACAGGCUUCAUCUGGCAAGUCAAAAGUCAACAUUCAAAAGUGCCACCAGCUAGGGACCAAGUGUUUCGAAUACAUGAACCAUGGGGGACUUUUCUCUGUCAACCUCCAACAGGAGGCAAGCAUUUCCCCGACUGAGCCAUUUCUCCAGCAUUACUCUUUUACACUUGUUUCUCUGACAAAUGUCAAAUAAGGAAUAUUUUCCUGAUUGAAAAACAAGCUCUUGAGAAAUAUUUUCAACAGUUUUUCAUGUCUAUAAGAAAUGUGUUUCUUUUUUAUGUGUUUCCCCUUGUAUACAUGUAUGUUACAUUCACGCAACACCUGUAGGUGCCAGUUCCAGGUGGUUGUGAGCCACCCCAUGUAGGAGUUGGGAAGUGAACCCAGGUCCUCUGGAAGAACACCCAGUGCUUUUGACCUCUAAGCCAUCUCUCCAGCCUCUUGCCUUAUUUUUUUUUUUUUUAACAAUUUAAUACUUUGGAAAAACAAAAUUAAUUGUCUACCUUUCCCAAAUCUGCUUGUGCAAUGGAAAAGGCCCAGCCUUGCCCCUUCUGCUGUGGUGUUGCCCUCUAGUUGCUGGGGAGACAGGAGUGUGGAGUCUGCCUUCUCUGCAUGGAAAGCUCUGCAAAUGUACAAGGACUCUUCUAGCAGACGGAAGAAGUGUGCUGAUUGUUAAGCUGGCUGCUGCCAAUGCAUGGGGUAGUGACUCAUCGUGCACAUUUUACUGACAGCUAAUUUGUAGCAAUCAAGGUUUUCCAGUCUGUUCUGUUCUUAGAACAGAACAAGGUUUUUACAUUAUGUAAGUUAGGAAAAAAAAAAAAGCUAUGAAGUUCUGGUUUUAGAUUAGACUUUUACACUAAAUUUAAAAAGACCUUAAAUCGUGAAGUUUUGUUGUUAAGAGCUGCAACAUAUUACGUGUCUGUCAUUGCCCCGUUUUUAAUAAAAUAAUUUUAAGUGCAAGCAAGCAGAGUUUAUUGAGAAGAAAGAAUCUCCCUGUAACUGGGAGGGGAUUGGGAUUUUAAAUAAAAUAGUUUUCUACAUGAA